CAUUGUGAAUUGAAUUUCCGGUCUAAUGUGAAUCAAUCGACUCUUAUAUUUGCUAUUCGUUCUACCUCUUUGUUCAGCUUAAUACUGCAGUCUACAAAUUUUUGUCUCAACAUCAAGUGCUGAUUUAUCACUCAGGCAAGCUGUUUUCGCAUCCCAAGUCACUGAUCGUCGAGAAAAUGUCUAUGUCCGUUGGACAGGCGUCAAACGGUAGCGUUAAACGCAAGGAAAUUUAUAAGUAUGAAGCCCAAUGGCAACUGUACAGUAUGAACUGGAGUAUAAGACCAGAUCAGCGCUUUCGUCUGGCUCUUGGGAGUUUUGUCGAAGAGUAUAACAACAAAGUUCAAAUUGUUCGACUAAAUGAAGACUCCGCCGAAUUUCAAGCCCUCGCCACGGUAGAUCAUCCCUAUCCCACUACGAAAAUAAUGUGGAUACCAGAUUCCAAGGGUAAUCUUCCAGAUUUAUUUGCUACCACCGGUGAUUAUCUGAGAAUAUGGAGAGUAAUAGAUGAUAGUGAAGUACGACAAGAAGCCUUACUUAAUAACAACAAGAAUUCGGAUUUUUGCGCGCCAUUAACAUCAUUCGAUUGGAAUGAAGUGGAUGCAAAUAUACUAGGAACUUCUAGUAUUGAUACAACAUGUACAAUUUGGGGCUUAGAAACUGGACAACCUAUAGGGAGAGUUGGCGUGCCUGUCACUGGUCAUGUAAAGACUCAAUUAAUCGCACACGAUAAAGAAGUAUACGAUAUCGCCUUCAGCCGAGCUGGUGGUGGAAGAGACAUGUUUGCCAGCGUCGGAGCCGACGGUAGUGUUAGGAUGUUUGAUUUACGGCAUUUGGAGCAUUCAACUAUUAUUUACGAAGACCCAAAUAGAAAGUCUUUGCUCAGAUUAGCUUGGAAUAAGCAGGAUCCAAAUUAUUUGGCAACCAUGGCUCUAGAUGCCAACGAAGUAAUCAUUUUAGAUGUCAGGGUCCCAUGUACACCAGUGGCACGAUUACGAAACCACAGGAGUUGCGUUAAUGGUUUGGCUUGGGCACCUCAUUCAUCCUGCCAUCUUUGCACGGCUGGCGAGGAUAAGCAAGCACUAAUCUGGGAUAUUCAGCAAAUGCCUAGAGCCAUUGAAGACCCAAUUUUAGCGUAUCAAGCACAAGGUGAAAUUAAUCAAAUUCAGUGGAGCGCUACCCAACCGGACUGGAUUGCUAUAUGUUAUAAUAACCAUUUGGAAAUUUUGAGGGUUUGA